GCCGGCCCGGCCCACACUGGCGCAGGCUGUGGAGAGCGUGGUCGGUGCCCGGGCCUGCUCCGGUGGCCUGGCCGGACACAGCCGCCUGGCUUUCUUCUGCCGUGAAACGGAGCUGCGGCGUCCUCUGGGGGCGUCCCCUGCCUGCUGGCGGGGUGAUGGCAGAUUGGAGAGCGAGGCCUGGCGGGGGCGGGGGUGCUCUGCAGAGCCUUCCUCUCCUCAGCAGGAUUAGGGGUUCCCAGGAGGUGAGGCUGAGGGGACUGCAGGAGCAACGAUCCCUCUCCUCUCUAGAGGCCAGGGCCAGCAGAAGGGCGGGGCCUGUGGUGAGGGUUCCGGCUUGGACGGACCUCCUCUCGGUGUGGAUUUCCCUACAUCUUCCCACCUUUUUGUCCCAGCUACAGCUACAAUGUGCCAGGUGGGCAGGGCACCUGUACACUCAGUCGGGUGGUAUCACAGAGAGGCAGGGCCUGCUGUUGGUCUGCCUUCUGCCCACUGCAGGGGAGCUGAGCCCUGGGUGGAGAGCUCUCAGCUGAGGCCCGAGCAUGGACAUGAUAGGACAAGACCUGCCCCCAAGGGCAGAGUGAGGUGACCCUGUGUGUAGGACCCUGUGUGACUGUCCCAAGCCCAGAAAUGCCCCUUUCAUCCAGCCCUGCCCUGGUCCUAGUCCUUCCUGACCCUCUGACCCACAUAUCCAAGUCCAGGCUAUCACACGCCAUGACCCUACCCUCCUUCCUGCUCUGCUCGCCUGGCCUUGGCCACUCUUACCUCUGUCCUGGGUCAUUGCCCUCACCUCUCACCUGCCCAUUCCAGCUGUCCUCCGUGCUGUGAGUGGGACCCUGCUGCAGGGACCCAGGAGCCCCAGGCCAGCUCACAGGCACUGCAUGGGCUGCCCGAUGCCUGAACUGCUGAUGUCCCCGUACAUGGUCACCAAGGGAUGUCCAGCCUCCUCCCAGUGGGCCAGACGGGCCUCACCAGCACCAAGAUGAGUGUCACCUCCUGGUUCCUGGUGAGCAGCAGCGGCACCCGCCAUCGGCUCCCGCGUGAGCUCAUCUUUGUGGGGCGCGAUGAGUGUGAGCUCAUGCUGCAGUCCCGCAGCGUGGAUAAACAGCAUGCCGUCAUCAACUACGACCAGGACCGAGAUGAGCACUGGGUGAAGGACCUGGGCAGUCUCAACGGAACCUUUGUGAAUGAUGUGCGAAUCCCAGACCAGAAGUACAUCACGCUGAAGCUCAAUGAUGUCAUCCGCUUUGGCUACGAUUCCAACAUGUAUGUGCUGGAGCGGGUACAGCACCGUGUGCCUGAGGAGGCGCUCAAGCACGAGAAGUACACCAGCCAGCUGCAGGUGGGUGUCAAGAACCCAGCACCCAGGAAGAGUGAGGCGCCACCCGAAUUCACAGCCUACUGUGAGACCUUGCACCCCCGUCUGGAGAAGGGGGACCGGCGACCGGGAACAGAGUCAGUAGUGUACCGCACACCUCUGUACGGGCAGCCGUCCUGGUGGGGAGAGGACGACAGUGGCACAGCCCCCGAGGACCAGCGCCAGGAGGAGCCCUACCCAGAGCGUGCCAAGGAGUCAGGGCAGCGGGACAGCGAGUUGGAUGGCCCACCAGCCGGCUUUCGCGGCCCUGUCGAGCCUCAGGGCUACUCCUUCCGCCGGGAGCCCAGCUACUUCGAGAUCCCCACAAAAGAGGCCCGACCACCACCAUCCCAGCCCCCGGAGGUGCUGGAGCAUGAGCCGCCCACCAAGGACGAGGAGGCGGGCAGCGGCGGGGCAGGGCCUGUGGUGCAGAGCCACGCCUCCUUCACCAUCGAGUUUGACGACUGCAGCCCUGGCAAGGUGAAGAUCAAGGACCACAUCACCAAGUUCGCCCUGCGCCAGCGGCGUCAGCCCUGCAAGGAGGCCACGCCUGUGGAGAUGGUCUCCGCGGAGAGCAAGGUGGCCGACUGGCUGGUGCAGAACGACCCGAGCUUGCUGCGGCGGGCUGGCCCAGGCGAUGACCGCCACGGUGCCAAGAGUGACCUGCCCGUCCACACCCGCACCCUGAGAGGUCACAAGCAUGAAGAUGGCACGCAGAGUGACUCAGAGGACCCCCCGGCCAAGGCAGCCUCCGUGGCCGGGGCCCCCGUGGAGGCCAGUGGGGAGCAGGUGCGGCUGCAGAGGCAGAUCAAGCGGGACCCCCAGGAGCUGCUGCACAACCAGCAGGCCUUUGUCAUCCAGUUCUUUGAUGAGGACACGCCCCGCAAGAAGCGCUCGCAGUCCUUCACGCACACCCCGCCUGGGGACCCCAAAGCCGACAAGCGCCGGGGCCCGGGGCCCACUGAUCGGGAGCGCCCAGGUGCCCCUGCACGGGGGGUGGCAGGCAGCAGCUCAGGGUCACAGAGGGCCAGCUCCCUGAAGCGAGAGAAGACCGAGGAGCGGUUGAGCAGCGCCUCGCCAGCCCCCCGGGCCCUCGCCCGUCCCUUUGGCAGCGUGGGACGCCGCUCCCGCCUGGCUCAGGACUUCAUGGCCCAGUGCAUGAGGGAGAGCUCCCCAGCCGCCAGGCCCAGCCCUGAGAAGGUGCCCCUGGACCCACCCGCACCCCCAACGCGCUGUGGGGCCAGCCCCGGGGCCUCCCCGACCCCACCACUGCCUCCUUCCGAGCCCCAGCUGACCAAGGGACACAGACAGGAUGAGGACGACAGCCUCAGUGAUGCAGGCACCUAUACCAUCGAGACAGAGGCACAGGACAGGGAGGUGGAAGAGGCGCGCCAGAUGAUCGACCAGGUGUUUGGGGUACUUGAGUCCCCUGAACUCUCCAGGGUGUCCUCGGCCACCUUCCGCCCUGUGAUCAGAGGGGACAGGGAUGAGUCCAAUGAUGGAGGCGUGGCCCAGAGAAUGGCCUUGCUGCAGGAGUUUGCCUCCCGCCCACUGGGUGUGGGCCCCUCAGCGGAGCACCAGGGCCUCAUGGUUCCGGGCUGCCCUGGAGGUCAGAAAUGGGUGUCCCGCUGGGCCAGCCUUGCUGACAGCUAUUCAGAUCCUGGCCUGUCAGAGGACGGCCUGAGACACAGAGCUGGGGAGCCUGAGGGGCCCCUGCCUGUGCGCACCAGACGACUGCUUCCCCAGCUGCCCAGUGACAGGGCUGAUAGCCCUGCAGGCCUAGAGGUCACCAGGAGGAGUGGGCCUGGGCCGCCAGAGCCAGGCAUCGAGCAGGCCAGCCACCAGGUUGGCCAGGAGGAUCUGGACCCCGACAGCCUCAGUGACGCCAGUGGGUCAGAUGGUGGCCGGGGCCCUGAGCUGAGCGUGGAGCAGCAGGAAGUCAGGCGCAGGAGCCCUCAGGAGGGGCCAGCCUGGCCCAAGGGGCGGUGCUCACCAAGGGGCCCCAGGGAGCCUGCCCCUGUCUCUUUCUUCAUUGGCAAUGAGAGCGAGGGCCUCCGGAAACCCAUGGCGGCUCCUGGGGAGGUGGAGGGCCCAGGACGAGUGCCCCAGGCCAGCCCCCCAGCAAGGGGUGGCCUCUGCAUGAGUAGCAGUGAGCAGAUGGUCAUGCAGAUGCACACCGGGCCCAGCAGCUCCAGCCUUGUCCCACCCCGGGAGGCUCUGGGCUUUGUGCGGCAGGAGAGCUUCACCAAGGAGCCUGCGAGCAGCUCUGCAGCUCCCAACAAGCUGCCACACAUCUCCAGCCACCCGCUCCUGCAGGACCUGACUGCCGUCAGGGCCGCACGUAUGGAUCUCCACACACAGGAUACACACCUGAUCCUCAAAGAGACGGAGACGGCCCUGGCGGCCCUGGAGGCUCGGCUGCUCUCCAAGACUGCAGACGAGGAGGGUGAGGGGGGCAGGACCCCCAGGCCGCCGGACGACUCCCUCUCCGGGGACUCAGACGUGGACACAGCCAGCACCGUCAGCCUACUCAGCGGCAAGAAUGGCCCCAGCCCAACGACCCCUCAGCCUGCAGGGCCACAGAAGGAGAGGCUGCCACCCCCGUCGGUGGCCCAGGACCCAGGGAGUGCCGCCCUGGGUAGCUCACGUGAGCGGCUCUCAGAGAAGCAGCACCUCCUGACCAGCCCCGCUGACCAGGGCCGAGGAGAGCCAGGGCGGCACCUGGCUGCCCGGCGUGGCCACAGACCCCGAGGGUCCCUGGACUGGGCCGAGGAACGAGGCUCCAACCUCACCCACCUGCCCAACACAGACAUAGUCACCCCCAACCACGAGACCCCAGAGGCCACUGGGGCAGGUCGUCCAGGGACUCGCCGGAAACCAGUGCCCCCCUCGCCAUCCCUGGCUGCCCGAGAGGAGCAGAGCCACGGUUCCACCAGUGUCCAAAAGGUGCAGCAGGCACUGACCCGCUCUAACAGCCUGUCCACCCCGAGACCCACACGGGCCUCCCGGCUCAGGCGGGCCCGGCUUGGGGACACCUCCGACACUGAGGUCACAGACAGUGACCGGGGAGCCCCAGCCCACCCUGAGCCAGUGGGCCGGCCGGCUGCUGAGCAGGCCAAGAAGCUAUCCCGCUUGGACAUCCUGGCCAUGCCCCGGAAGCGGGCCGGCUCCUUCACGGGGCCCAGCGACUCCGAGGCAGCCCCUGCCCGCACGGGCUUCUCAGGCCGCAGUGUCGAGCUGUACUGUGCUAACCGCAAGCCCACUGUGGCUGAUGCCCAUGCUGCUGCCAGGAAGGCUGCCGCCACUGCGACCAGCACAGGCUCCCGCCAGCCCUUCAGCAGGGCGCGCCCAGGCAGUGCCAGAUACUCCUCCAACACGCGUCGUCGGCAGCAGGGCUCGGAUUACACAUCCACCUCCGAGGAGGAAUACGGCUCCCACCAUGGCUCUCCCAAACAUGCACGCUCCCAUACCUCAACAGCCACGCAGACCCCAAGGGCUGGCAGUGCAAGCCGGGCUUGUUCCCGGGCCCCCGGCCCCCGGGACACAGACGAUGACGACGAGGAGCCUGACCCCUACGGCUUUAUCGUGCAGACAGCUGAGAUUGCAGAGAUUGCCAGGCUGAGCCAGACACUGGUGAAGGACGUGGCCAUCCUGGCCCGGGAGAUCAAUGAUGUGGCCGCAGACGGUGAUUCGCUGGGCUCCGCAGGGCCCACGCGUAGCCCCUCCCUUGGGAACGUGCCCAGCACCCCCGCCUCGACCAUCUCUGCCCGUGAGGAGCUGGUGCAGCGCAUCCCAGAGGCCAGCCUAAACUUCCAGAAGGUGCCACCUGGCACUCUGACCUCUCAGGACCUGGACCAGAACAUGAACAACAGCCACGAAGAUGCCUUGGGCAACAAGACAAGGCCUCGGAACCGCGAGGAGGUGAUCUUCGACAACCUGAUGCUGAACCCAGUGUCCCAGCUGUCCCACGCCAUCCGGGAGAACACAGAGCACCUCACUGAGAAGAUGAAGGUCCUCUUCCAAAACACAGGCCGCUCAUGGGAGGACCUGGAGGCCAGGAUCAAUGCAGAGAACGAGGUGCCCAUCCUGAAGACGUCCAACAAGGAGAUCAGCUGCAUCCUAAAGGAGCUGCGGCGCGUGCAGAAGCAGCUGGAAGUCAUCAAUGCCAUUGUGGACCCCAACGUGAAUCUGGACCUGCUCACAGGAAACAGGGCUCCCACGGGCUCCACCACCCAGGGCCUGGGGAAGGGCCCCCCUGUGCCUACCCUGGCUGAGAGCCUGCUGCCCCUGAGGGGAUUCCCACCAAGGGCCACCUGCGGGCCGCCCAGCCUGGCAGAGCCUGCCUUCCUCCCUGAUGCUGAGAGCUUCCUGAUCUAGGCCCCGGGCCGGGCCGGGCCUCCUGCGCCUGCCUGUCCACCGCUCGGCCCGUCACUUGGCCAGAGUGUCUCCGAAUCCCCCACGUGUGCCAUAGCCCCGUGGGCGCCAGCACCCCACCCACCUUGCCCACCCCCACCGAGGCCUCCUGGCCCAGCUCCUGGUGCGGCCACUGCCGAGGGCACAUCCCCCACUCCUCUCCAUGUGGUCAUUUCAUCAUUAGCUUUCAAGGAAAGAGCAGUCUGUGCCGUGGCAGUGCCCAGCCCUGCCCACGAUGCCCCACGGCUUGGGAGGGUGCCCUGCUUCACUGGAGGCUCUGGCUGACCUGCCCCUCCCUGGAUGCUGGCCUGAAGCCAGGCAGGGGAAGGAAGUGGGCUGGGGCUGCUCAGUGCCAAAUGUGAGCUGGAGGCUGUGCCAGGGCCAGAGCCGCCCCAGUGUCUAGCAGCCAGGUAGGCACAUGGUUGUGGGGCAUUGGGGCAGGAACCCCACAGCCCCAAGCUUAUGGUGCCAACAGAACUGCCAACCCUGAGCCCCCCCGAGUGUGGGCACAGGUUGGGGGAUGCCCAGGUGCCCCUCCAUGCUACACCAGAGGUGUGGGGUGGUAGAGUCACCAACAGCCCCUCUAGGGAGGGAGCUUGACCAAAGUGGCUGGAAACAGGUUUCUGGAAGCUCUGGUGCAGGGGAACAGUGUGCCCCAGCUUCACCCCGUUCUCCCGGAUGUCAUGGGCAUUAAAUGGGCAUCUGCAACAGGCAGUGGCCUGAUCUCUUGCAGGGGAUGGUGGGGGGACAGGGACAGGGCCCAGGAGCAGUGAUGCUUUCUCAGGAUUCCUUCAGCUGGGAACCAGCCCCUCCGCAACGCCCCCUUGGGCACUGUUCCUGAAGCCCUAAGCCAGAGCUGCGGCUAUGGCGUCCGGGGUGCCCGCCUCCACAGACGGCAUUGGUGCGGGCAUCAGACCUGGACGGGCAGGGGCUGGAAGAGGGCCCAGAGGCAGGACCCGGAGUCCACGGGGGUGAUGUGGCCUCCCUGUUUACAGUUCGUGACAUGGAGCCUGGCGUGGGUGUCCUGGGCCCCUGAGCCUCGGCCCAUGCGAUGUUUACGUGUGUGUGCAGGGGUGGCUGGCAGAUGCCACUGGCCCCACCCCGAGAGCCUGCUGUUCCUUUGGAGGAGGUGCUACCUGGGCUGCUGCCCACCUGCAUGCCCCGUGCGGUUGCCCACAGCCUGGCCCGGAAACACGGUGGCCACUCACCUUCGUCCAUGCCUGCCCGGCCACCACUGUAGGGUUCCUUUAUGCACACGUUGGUGUCCCUCCCCAUGUCACGCCCAGUUGCCCCCUGGCCCUCGGCCUGGGGUGGGGACCGCCCCUGCCUGGCUUCUUGGCGGUGUCUCUACAUUGUUCUCAGGUGGUCUUGUGGAUGUCUCAGAAAAUGGUUAUUUUAUAUGAUUUGUCAUGGAAUUUGUUCUAAUAAAUCAUGUAUCACGUGACAGCACACCA